GGCUCGGGAAGUUACUGAAGUUGGGCAGCGAGCGGAGGCACAAGCGCCUGCCCGCCCAGGCCUUCCGCAGUGCCUUUCCUUCUUCCUUCUCGGCCGGUGCAUGAUGGAAGCAGCAUGGCUGCUCAUUUCUCCUUGACACAGCUGUCAAGUGCAAAUCCUGUAUAUGAGAAGUACUAUCGGUUGGUUGAUCCUGGCAACACUGGAAGAGUUUUAGCCUCUGAUGCAGCUGUAUUUCUGAAAAAAUCAGGACUGACCGACUUGAUUCUUGGGAAGAUUUGGGAUCUGGCUGAUACCGAUGGCAAAGGUAUUCUCAACAAACAGGAAUUUUUUGUGGCUCUGCGGCUUGUAGCCUGUGCACAGAAUGGACUGGAUGUUUCACUGAGCAGUCUUAACUCGCCUGUUUCUCCACCUAGAUUUAAUGAUUCCACUAGCCCUUUAUCAGUUGGAGGAGCACCACUGGAUAUCCCAUGGGCUGUCAAGGUGGAAGACAAGGCCAAGUAUGAUGCUAUCUUCGACAGUCUGAGCCCGAUGAAUGGGUUGUUAUCAGGUGAUAAAGUGAAACCUGUUUUGCUAAACUCCAAAUUGCCUGUUGACAUCUUAGGAAGGGUUUGGGAGCUAAGUGAUAUUGAUCAUGAUGGAAUGCUGGAUCGAGAUGAAUUUGCUGUUGCCAUGUUUUUGGUGUACUGUGCUCUUGAGAAGGAACCUGUGCCAUUAUCCUUACCUCCAACAUUGGUGCCACCUUCCAAAAGAAAAGCUCUCAGUAUCCCUGGUGCAGGACAGUUGAUGCCGCCUUCAACAUCCAGUAAAGAUGCUCAUCAGUCCAUACCACCUAUAGGGCUCUUGCCAUCCAUAGCACCGUUGACACAGUGGGUUGUAUCACCUACAGACAAAGUAAAAUACCAUGAAAUCUUUCUGAAAGCUGAUAAAGACAUGGAUGGUUUUGUGUCUGGUGUAGAAGCUAGAGAAUUGUUCUUGAAGACAGGCCUGCCUUCUGCAUUACUUGCACACAUCUGGGCUCUCUGUGACACAAAAGACUGUGGGAAGCUUUCAGAUGAGCAGUUUGCCCUGGCAUUCCAUUUCAUCAAUCAGAAGCUGACAAAGGGCAUUGAUCCUCCUCAGGUGCUAUCUCCAGAUAUGAUCCCUCCAUCAGAGAGAAGCACUCUGCAACAGAGUACACUAGGACCAAGCCCUGUAGCAGAUUUUUCUGCAAUCAAAGAGCUAGAUACUUUGAGCAAUGAAAUAGUGGAACUUCAGAAGGAAAAGAAUAACGUGGAACGAGACCUGAAGGAAAAAGAAGGUGCCGUCAGGCAGAGGGCAAGUGAGAUCCAGGAUCUUCAGGAUGAAGUAAAAAAGGAGAAUAAUAAUUUGCAGAAGCUGCUGGCUCAGAAGGAAGAAGCAGAGGAAAUCCUUAAUGGUCUUGAUGAAGAGAAAGCCAAACUGGAAGAACAGCUUAACACUAUCCGACAGAAAUGUGCUGAAGAGGCUGAUUUGAUUGCAUCUCUAAAGGCAGAAAUAACUGAUCAGGAGUCCAAAAUUUCAACAUACAAAGAUGAAUUAAGUAAAGCUCAGGAAGAGCUUAUCCAGCUACAGCAGGAAACAGCAGAGCUUGAGAAAUGUGUAGAGGCAGGGAAGUUACAAUUGAGACCUCUUCAGCAGAAUCUUCAGGACUCCCAACAAGAAAUCACUUCAAUGCAAGAAAAACUAGAUGAGCUCAAAGAACUGGAAAUCAGCCAGUGUAACUGGGAGGCUCAACCACAGAGCACACUACUUAAUGGGAAUGAAGAUCAUUCUAGCCUCAGCAACAGCAGCAGCGAAAUGGCUAACUUGAAUGAGAAUGUUGAAGGAGAGAGUGCAGAUAAUGAACAAACACACCAAGAUACUCCUGCCAAGAAUAGUCCAGAAACAGUUGCAGUAGAAGAAAAAAAAGAGGUCCUGCCACCAGCUGUUGCUAAAAAGGAAGAUCCAUUUGAUGAAGCAUCUCAUCAGCUCUCUGAACAGAUUACAGAAUCCAGUUUAGACUUCUUCGAGUCUGACCCCUUUGAUAGCGAUCCUUUCAAAGAUGACCCUUUUGGAAAGAUUGAUCCUUUUGGUGGCGAUCCUUUCAAGGGUUCAGAUCCUUUUGCUGCAGAGUGCUUUUUCAAGCAGUCAUCCACAGAUCCUUUUGGAAGCAUUGACCCUUUCAGUGUGGCCAGCAACAGCAGUAAUUCCACAAUAGAAACACUGACACAUAAUGAUCCUUUUGCACCAGGUGGAACUGCUGUGACAGUUCCAAGUGAUCCAGCUACAGAUCCCUUUGCCUCUCUGUUCGGAAAUGAAUCAUUUGCAAGUGAUUUUGCUGAUUUCAGCACAUUGUCAAAGGCAAACAAUGAGAAUCUUUUUAGUUCAUCUGCAACAGGCUCUAUGAACAGUGUGAUCAUAACUAAAAAUGUAUUUGAGGAACCUCCAGCCAAAAAUGAAGAUGUUCCUCCUGCAUUACCUCCCAAAACUGGAACACCUACCAGACCUUGUCCUCCUCCACCAGGGAAAAGACCUAUCAACACAUUGGAGCCUUCAGAUUCCUUAAAAGUAAAUGACCCUUUCCAGCCCUUCCCAGGCUGCGAUGGUUCCAAAGAACAGGAAGCCGAUCUCUUUCGUGACCCAUUUGUUACCACUGGGGUUUGCAAAGAGAAGGACAACAACAAUUUUGCUAAUUUCAGUGCUUAUCCUACUGAAGAGGACAUGAUUGAAUGGGCAAAGAGAGAAAGUGAGAGAGAGGAGAAAGAACGGCUUGCAAGGUUAAAACAGCAAGAACAAGAAGAUUUGGAACUAGCUAUUGCACUCAGUAAAUCUGAAAUAUCAGAAGCAUGAAGAGUUUGUUUUGCCUCAACCACUUUGUCCCCUUUCCUUGAAUAGCUAAGCUGUGUGUAAUUAGACGUUAUGUAUAAACAGGGAAGUACAAAAGGCUUUAAACUCCUGCAAAUGUGAUUUUAGUAUCUUUGUAAUUUUUCAUAUUCACUAAUCUCAUCUGACAACUCGUAAUACAGCACGCUUCCAUCUGUACCUUGGAAUUCUUCUGUACUAUAAACUAUUAAACCAAAGCAACUUUCUUCAAUGCAAAAAAGUAAUGCUGUUUUAAAAUUAGAAGAUCAGUGAGGCACAACAAUCCUUUUAUGAAUACAUGCGUAAUCUAAAAAAAAAAAAAAAGCAAUUCUGUCCCAAACUCAAGUUAAUUGUUAUAUGCACCAAUGUACUCCUAAGGAUGUUAAAAAAAUCUUUAAAAGUGCAGGAGCAUCUACAUACAAUUAAAGCAUUGUAUACCCUUUUCGCUUUACAGAUGACGUCAGGUGUUAAUUUUUAUUUACUUUUUUUAAUGAGAUUGAGUUUCAAGUCUUGUUUAGCUGUUUUCUGUGGGAGCUGGCCAUUUGUGCCAGUUACCACAAUAUUCAGUUUAUGAAGAGGCCUGUUGCUGAACAGCAAAACAUAUUUUCACCUGUAAGGAAAGUUGGUCAUGCUGACAAUGCUACUAUAGGUAGAAAAAUGUAGCUUGCGGAUACUCGUUGAACAGAAAGUAGCUGAUUCUGUUUUCGCUGAAAUGUUUAUGUCUGGCUAUCACAAGUAUUAUACCUUUACAGAAUUGAUAGUAAUUGGUGGUUGGACAUAUAAAAUGCCUUUUGUGCCUAUUGUUUGUCCUUUAAUGAAGGUUUUACUGCUUGACUGGCCAUUUAAUAGAAAAUAUAGGGUUCCAAACACUAUAUAUUUUGUCUGAAACUUUGAAGCGGCAGUUUGCCAUGAGUUUUAAAAAUGCAAAUUUAGGAUUUUCCCAGGGAUAUCAGUAAAAUGAGACUGGCUAAAAUCACUGUCAGGAAUUUUGAAGGCCCCCUGCUAAUUGAGCCACCUUUUCCUGUGAAAUAUGCAACUAAACUGGCAGGUUGGCAGCUGGAUUUGAAACAGAGUAGUAAGUGCACUGUGUGAAGGCAUCGUUUACAACAGUUGAUUGCUAUGUAUAAUUUAUUGAAUGCCAACUGAUAGUUGCACCUUAAACUAAAGUUUCUUUUAUGGUCACUGAGUCAAAGUAAAAUUAAGAUUGAAUGUUCAUGAAAGUAACUUAUUGCCUGUUCUGUGUAAUGUAUUCUGUUCUGCAGAAUGUAAAACUCACUCCAAAUGACCCAUUUCUCAAUCUUCAGUACAUACGCAGAUGGGCUGUAGCACUAAAAUGUUGAGUUAUUUUCAAAACCUGUGGUAUUUGUACCUGAAAUAAAAAAAAAUUAAAACAAUUUUUUCUACUGCAAGAGGAAAUACAGUCACCACUUUCAGGCUUAAAUUUUUCCAGUUACCUGUGGAUGCUGCUACCGGAAUCGCUUGAAGGUAGUUCUCAUUCAUUUUUUCUGAAAAAAAUUGAGACUUGUGAGAAAUUUUUUUUUUGCACUGGGAAAUGAGCAUUUGAAAACACCUCAAAAAUUAGUUUAGCAAAACCUCCUGCAAGUAUUAAAUAUCCAUAAUUUAUCUACACAAACUGCAAUAUUAAUCGUGCAUAUUGUAUGUUUAACUGGAUUACAUACAUUUCUUAGCUUUUUUGUUAAAAGUAUACUCAGUGGACCAAUACAAUAUUUGUGUAUAUAUAAAUAUAUAAAUAUAUAUUAUAUUCAAGCUUUCCUGUAUAGGAUUUAAAGUUCUGAGUCACUUGAUGUUGCAUUUUAUGUUACUGAUUGAUUACAGAACCUUUACUGGAAGGCAUCUAAAUAAACCACUGCUGUGUCAACUUUAAUGGCAUUACUUUUGAAGUUUUAAAAGGCUUUUAAGAAUUUGAUCAAGUGGGGUUAGUCCUAUUUAUAGAUCUUUGUUUAAAAUACUAAAGAUAGCUUGUAAUUAUGAAUAAAACACUUUAUGUACA